CACAAGGGUGCAGUUCCCCAUUUCGCCUCCUGCAAUCAUAGAGCGCACUUAUCCGUUUGCGGAGUAAAAAGAUGUGAUUUGGAGUAGCCUAGUCUAGGCUUUGGGUACGUUCUGUGGUGAUUCUGUAGAGAGAGGCAGCGAGAAGAAAGAAGAGGAAUUCACUCUUUAAUGAGUGUACGGCUGUGCACGCAGCCUGAGAAAAGAGUGAGAACGAAGGAAAGGAAAUAAGAAGAAAGUGGUGAUAGAUUUGAGGCACAAAACAAGUAAAGCCGAGGAGGGACACGGACCGGAGACGAAACAAACCGCUGCAAUUGACAAUCAACCAAAGGAUUGCUAAUUAUUCCCGUUAUUGACGCUUAAAACUAGGCUAUUUCUAGGGGAAUUGAUGGUGUCUCCACAGAGCAGAAGUCUAACGGACCUUGCCGAGGGGAGGAACUCGAAUGCACUCGGCUGAAUCAUGCUGAUGUUGUUGUGGAUAAUAACUUUGGCUAUCAGUUUUAACAAAGUGUGGACUGUGAGGUUCUCUCAGGAGCCAGCAGACCAGUCUGUUGUUCUGGGGGGGAGGGUGGUUCUGUCCUGUGUCGUCUUCAACUACAGCGGCAUCGUACAGUGGACCAAGGAUGGACUAGCACUGGGCAUCGGAGAGGGCCUCAAGGCCUGGCCCAGGUACCGUGUGCUGCGGGUGAUAGACGUGGGCCAGUACAACCUGGAGAUCUCUGCUGCUGCGCUGUCUGAUGACUCCCUGUAUGAGUGCCAGGCCACGGAGGCUGCCCUGCGCUCCCGGAGAGCCAAACUCACCAUCCUCAUCCCUCCUGAUGACCCAGUGAUCGAGGGCUUUCCAGAGAUCCUGCUGAGAGCCAAUGCCUCGUACAACCUGAGCUGUGUGUCCCGCGGGGCCAAGCCACUGGCCCUCAUCGAGUGGCAGCGGGAUGGGGUGGCCCUGGAGGGAGCUUUUAGUUCCACUGAGGUUCUCCCAGACAGAAAGAGAGUGACGACCCGGAGCUUCCUACCCAUCAUCCCAGAGGACAAAGACACGGGACGCAACUUUACCUGUGUGGCCAGCAACCGGGCUGUCCCCAUGGGAAAACGCACCACCGUCACCCUCAACGUCCACCACCCCCCCAAGGUGAACCUAUCCAUGGAGCCUCAGUCUGUCCUGGAGGGAGAGAGAGUCACCUUCACCUGCCAGGCCACCGCCAACCCCCCCAUCAUGGGCAUCCGGUGGGCGAAGGGGGGAGUUCUCCUGGAGGGGAUGAGAGACAGUGUGUUUGUGACCACAGCAGACCAUUCCUUCCACACCGAGCCUGUCUCCUGCUCAGUCUUUAACGCUGUGGGACACACCAACCUCAGCAUCCUGGUCAACGUACACUAUGGUCCUAUCCUGAAGGGGGCGCCCACGCCGAUUACGGUGGACAUUGACUCUGACGCCAAACUCAACUGCAAGUGGACCGGGAACCCUCCUCUUACACUCACCUGGACCAAGAAGGGAUCUAGCAUGGUCCUCAGUAACAACGAGGAGCUGGUCCUGAAGUCAGUGAGCCAGGUGGAUGCGGGUCAGUACGUGUGUAAGGCCAUCGUCCCCAGGAUCGGAGUGGGAGAGACUGAGGUCACGCUUACAGUCAACGGCCCUCCCAUCAUCUCCAGCGAACCAGUCCAGUACGCAAUGAGAGGGGAGAGAGGGGAGGUCAAGUGCUACAUUGCCAGCACCCCUCCACCUGACAAGAUUGUGUGGGCAUGGAAGGAGAACGUAUGGGAGAAGGAGAAGGGGACUCUGCUGGAGAGGUACACGGUGGAGCAGAGCAAACCUCACUCCCAGGGAGGAGCUGUCCUCUCCACCCUCACCAUCAACAACGUCAUGGAGUCUGACUUCCACUCUCCGUACAACUGCACCGCCUGGAACCCCUUCGGACCCGGGACCAUGAUCAUCACCCUGGAGGAGAGAGAGAUAGUACCAGUGGGGAUUAUAGCUGGUGGAACAGUUGGAUCCUCCAUCCUACUCCUGAUCUUUCUCCUGGCUCUAGCCUUCUUCCUCUACCGCCAACGGAAAGGCAGUCGUCGUGGGGUCACUCUGGGGAAGCCGGACAUCAAGGUGGAGACAGUCAACAAGGAGACACAUAGUCUGGAGGAGGAGUCGGGCGGUGUUUCCACGGCAACGCGCAUGGUCAAGGCCAUGUAUUCCUUUCUACCCUCUGUCUCCCUCUCUCCCUCCACUCAGCCGUUCAAAGACGAUAUGGAUCUGAAGCAGGACCUGCGCAGUGAGCGCGAUACCCACGAGGAAUACGAACUCAAGGACCCAACGAAUGGCUACUAUAAUGUCCGUGCGACCACCCACGACGAGGCCAGGCCGUCCUCCCGCUCCAUGCUGUACCAGGGAGAGUUCCGGACACCCAACCCUCCGGGGGGAGCUACAGGUGCUACCUCCAGUGGCCCAGCAGGGGGUCCCGGAGGGGUGGUGGCUGCAGGAGGAGUCCCAGGGUCAAGGGCAGGGUGCUAUGACCCCAGACCUCCAUCCAGGAUGUCUCACACCAACUACCCCCAGUUCAACACCUUCACCAGGGCGGGCCCGAGCCAAGUCCCUCCCAACACCAACCACCCCUCCCACCCCGCCCACCCCUCCCACCCCGCCCACCCCUCCCAUCCUGCCUCACAGACCACCGACUUCCCCGGAGACUGCGGACUAUUGGACAACAACAGUCAGCUGACCUAUGACAACUAUGGCUAUCCCGCCCAGUACCCUACCUAUCGGAUGGGCUUUGCCCCGCCCCUGGAAGGAGGGCCGGCCUAUGAGGUCUACCCAACUGGACAAGGGGUGGGACCAGGGCCAGUGCAAGGACCAGUCCAAGGCCCAUGUCCGGGUCCUGAAACUGUGCUGGGGAAUUAUGGGACCACCCGCUUCUCCUACACUUCUCCUCCUGGUACUGAGUACUCUCCUCCUGCUACUGAGUACUCUCCUCCUGCUACUGAGUACUCUCCUGCUACUGAGUACUCUCCUGCUACUGAGUACUCUCCUCCUGGUACUGAGUACAACCAGAGACACACUCAGAGGAUGCAGACACACGUGUGAGAGAGAUGUAUUCUGUAAUACAAAGUGAAUACUUGUUUUCAUACAUGCGUACAUACAUAUAAACACAGACACACACGCAAACACACACACACUUGUUGGAGAGAUACAUUUAUUCUCUCUAUGCUUUCUGUAUCGUAUACGUACACACACAAACAAACGCAAACUAUCUGACACAGUUUCUCUCAAAUGUUUUAUUGUGUGCAAUCUUCAGCUCCAAGAGCUGAAAAAGCGAAAGCCACUAUCAAGAGGGGAGACAUGAUAAGAGAAAGAGAGGCUGGAAGUACUUUUCUUAAACUAGGUGGGGAUUCAGCAGAGUUUGAUUACUUACAUGCUAAUAGACAUCAUCCAGAUCCAUCUCUUCUCUAUUGGACUCUCCACCCCUCUCUCUUUCCUCUCACACCAUCUCUGUAUAUAAUCUCAGUGGGGUAGAUCAUUUUAACCUUAGUAUAACCUUGUAUAAACGUACUGUAUACAGAUACAGCUGCUGAACUUUUCUCCUUAUUAUACACCCUCUUACACUCCUUUAAAUUCACAGAAACACACACACACUCUUACACGCCUUUAAAUUCACAGAAACACACACACACACACCCUCUUACAUGUUGAAAGAGACAGUGUUGCGUCCCAGCUGUGCUCAGGCAAGGCGACAGCUUGUACUCCGUAUGUGGGGCUCUUUUUAACAUGCUUCUUCUCCAUGCCGCCACAAACUGCUCAACCGGCAUGGCCAAAGGGCUUCAAGAAGUGAAUGAAAGGGAAAUAUGGGCUGUCUCCCAAAUUUCACCAUAUUCCCUAUGUAGUGCACUACUUUUUACUAAGGCUCAUAGGGCUCUGGUCAAAACUAGUGCACUAUAUAGGGAAUAGGGUGCCAUUUGGGACACAACCAAAGGCAUCAUGGUAUAACAGCCACUACCACCAAUAUGGCGAUUUGACAUCUGACAAGAUAGAGAAAGAAUGACCUUGUGCUUGACACCUAGAAGGUACAGUGAGGUAACUCUCCAUGGUAACAGUGCGGUACCUCUCUCCAUGGUAACAGUGAGGUAACUCUAACCAUGGUAACAGUGAGGUAACUCUCUCCAUGGUAACAGUGAGGUAACUCUCUCCAUGGUAACAGUGAGGUAACUCUAACCAUGGUAAUAGUGAGGUAACUCUAACCAUGGUACCAGUGAGGUAACUCUAACCAUGGUAACAGUGAGGUAACUCUCUCCAUGGUAACAGUGAGGUAACUCUCUCCAUGGUAAUAGUGAGGUAACUCUAACCAUGGUAACAGUGAGGUAACUCUAACCAUGGUAACAGUGAGGUAACUCUCUCCAUGGUAACAGUGAGGUAACUCUAACCAUGGUAAUAGUGAGGUAACUCUAACCAUGGUACCAGUGAGGUAACUCUAACCAUGGUAACAGUGAGGUAACUCUCUCCAUGGUAACAGUGAGGUAACUCUCUCCAUGGUAACAGUGAGGUAACUCUAACCAUGGUAAUAGUGAGGUAACUCUAACCAUGGUAACAGUGAGGUAACUCUAACCAUGGUAACAGUGAGGUACCUCUCUCCAUGGUAACAGUGAGGUAACUCUCUCCAUGGUAACAGUGAGGUAAAUCUCUCAAUGGUAACAGUGAGGUAACUCUCUCCAUGGUAACAGUGAGGUAACUCUCUCCAUGGUAAUAGUGAGGUAACUCUAACCAUGGUAACAGUGAGGUAACUCUAACCAUGGUAACAGUGAGGUAACUCUCUCCAUGGUAACAGUGAGGUAACUCUCUCCAUGGUAACAGUGAGGUAACUCUAACCAUGGUAAUAGUGAGGUAACUCUAACCAUGGUACCAGUGAGGUAACUCUAACCAUGGUAACAGUGAGGUAACUCUCUCCAUGGUCACAGUGAGGUAACUCUCUCCAUGGUAACAGUGAGGUAACUCUAACCAUGGUAAUAGUGAGGUAACUCUAACCAUGGUAACAGUGAGGUAACUCUAACCAUGGUAACAGUGAGGUACCUCUCUCCAUGGUAACAGUGAGGUAACUCUCUCCAUGGUAACAGUGAGGUAAAUCUCUCAAUGGUAACAGUGAGGUAACUCUCUCCAUGGUAACAUUGAGGUACUUCUCUCCAUGGUAACAGUGAGGUAACUCUCUCCAUGGUAACAGUGAGGUAACUCUCCAUGGUAACAGUGCGGUACCUCUCUCCAUGGUAACAGUGAGGUAACUCUCUCCAUGGUAACAGUGAGGUAACUCUCUCCAUGGUAACAGUGAGGUAACUCUCUCCAUUGUAACAUUGAGGUACUUCUCUCCAUGGUAACAGUGAGGUAACUCUCUCCAUAGUAACAGUGAGGUGUAUGUGUGGACUGUAUGGACAAUGAAAUAGGGUUUUGUAUACAGUAUACCACUUACAGUAUGUAGAGCAACCUAUAGGGGAAGAACGGAGCUGUAGCAGGCUUCUUCAAAUGCUUCUUCCUCCUCUGUAUUUUCUAUCUCAUCGCAAUACAUAUCUACCCCACAUUUCACUCAUCUGAGGUCAAUAUGGUGUGUUUGGGAAGUGGGGGAAAGAGCUUUUGUAAUAAAAUGAAUCUUUGCAGUUUGUACAAAUUCCCCCAACCCCCCCCCCACCCUCAAAUAUUAUUGUAUUUGUCUCUGUCACUUGAACAGUAGAGUAGAUCUUUCCCCAUAUUUAUACCUAAAUAGAAGAACAAGAAGCAAAAAAAAAACAACACAUUCAGAAAAGUUUUAUAGUAUUUUUAUAAAGGGUUGCAGACCAAAGGUUCAGAGGUUUGGGUGACAUUCACUUGUACAAUUCAAUGUUCUGAGGCUUCUGUGUCCAGGUUCAUUCACUGUUGAGUUUCUAUUCUGAGGCUUCUGUGUCCAGGUUCAUUCACUGUUGAGUUUCUAUUCUGAGACUUCUGUGUCCAGGUUCAUUCACUGUUGCGUUUCUAUUCUGAGACUUCUGUGUCCAGGUUCAUUCACUGCUGAGUUUCUAUUCUGAGACUUCUGUGUCCAGGUUCAUUCACUGUUGAGUUUCUAUUCUGAGACUUCUGUGUCCAGGUUCAUUCACUGUUGAGUUUCUAUUCUGAGACUUCUGUGUCCAGGUUCAUUCACUGUUGAGUUUCUAUUCUGAGACUUCUGUGUCCAGGUUCAUUCACUGUUGAGUUUCUAUUCUGAGGCUUCUGUGUCCAGGUUCAUUCACUGCUGAGUUUCUAUUCUGAGACUUCUGUGUCCAGGUUCAUUCACUGUUGAGUUUCUAUUCUGAGACUUCUGUGUCCAGGUUCAUUCACUGUUGAGUUUCUUUUCUGAGACUUCUGUGUCCAGGUUCAUUCACUGAGUUUCUAUCUGAUCAUGUUGUUAUUGUAGACUAGGCCUGUGUCCCAAAUGGCACCCUGUCCCCUAUAUAGUGCACGACUUUUGACCAGAGCUCUAUGGACUCACUGGCUCACCAUAGGGCUUGUGUCAAACGUAGUGCACUAUAUAGGGAAUAGGGUGCCUUUUGGGAUGUAGUCAUGAUGGUGUAGUCUUGAAACUAAAGCAUCAAGGGCUCUUGGGGGGGAACUAAAAUGGUACUCUACUUGUAGUUUGAUCUGGCAAUGGUACACUUUUGAGAUUGGUGCUGAGUGACCAAUGCUGGUACUGUCUGUCCAGUGGCCUGUACGUAUGAUAUAAUAUUUGGUACUUUGCUUUACCCCAUCUGGUAUUGGGCACAGUGCUCUAUAGUGGUGUAUGUGAAGGCCUACACACAGUGGCUCUGUAGCUGUGGGUAAACUCUGAUCAUGCAAUUCACCAUCAUUAUUUCACUUAGGUACGUUGACAAUCAUUGUUGAUUUGACUUCACAUGCAGUGGUAAUCUCCUCUGUGGAGAGGAGGUGUGUGGGUAGUCAUGGAAACAGGGGUUCCGUCCCAAAGAGCAUCCUAUUCCCUAUGUUGUGCACUACUGGGCUCCGGUCAAAAGUAGUGAACUACAUAGGGAAUAGAGUGCUGUUUGAGACGCAGGCAGGAAAGGAACUCAUGCUGGAGGAAAGAGGUGAAGCGGUCCAUCAGUAGGGCCGUGUUUCAGCACUCUACUGUGACUGUCCUAAAUGGUGCGCUAAUGCAUAGAAUGACAUAUAGAACCCAUACAUAACAUAUUGGAUCUUUGUGCCCUAUUCUCUAUAUAUGGGCUCCCGAGUGGCGUAGCAGUCUAAGGCACUGCAUCUCAGUGCAAGAGGUGUCACUACAGUCCCUGGUUUGAAUCCAGUCUGUAUCACACCUGGCUGUGAUUGGGAGUCCCAUAGGGCAGCGCACAAUUGGCCCAGCAUCGUCCGGGUUUGGCCGGGGUAGGCCGUCAUUGUAAAUAAGAAUUUGUUCUUAACUGACUUGCCUAGUUAAAUAAAGAUUAAAUUAAAAAAAAUUGGAAGUUUACAUACACCUUAGCCAAAAACAUUUAAACUCAGUUUUUCACAAUUCCUGACAUUUAAUCCUAGUAUAAAUUCACUGUCUUAGGUCAGUUAGGAUCAGCACUUUAAUUUAAGAAUGUGAAAUGUCAGAAUAAUAGUAGAGAGAAGGAUUUAUUUCAGCUUCUAUUUCUUUCAUCACAUUCCCAGUGAGUCAGAAGUUUACAUACACUCAGUAAGUAUUUGGUAGCAUUGCCUUUAAAUUGUUUAAUUUGGGUCAAACAUUUCGGGUAGCCUUCCACAAGCUUCCCACAAUAAGUUGGGUGAAUUUUGGUCCAUUCCUCCUGACAGAGCUGGUGUAACUGAGUCCGGUUUGUAGGCCUCCUUGCUCACACAGGCUUUUUCAGUUCUGCCCACAAAUUUUCAAUAGGAUUGAGGUCAGGGCUUUGUGAUGGCCACUCCAAUACCUUGACUUUGUUGUCCUUAAGCCAUUUUGCCACAACUUUGGGGUCAUUGUCCAUUUGGAAGACCCAUUUGCGACCAAGCUUUAACUUCCUGACUGAUGUCUUGAGAUGUUGCUUCAAUAUAUCCACAUAAGUUUCCCUCUUCAUGAUGCCAUCUAUUUUGUGAAGUGCACCAGUCCCUCCUGCAGCAAAGCACCCCCACAACAUGAUGCUGCCACCCCCGUGCUUCACGGUUGGGAUGGUGUUCUUCGGCUUGCAAGCCUCCCCCUUUUUCCUCCAAACAUAACGAUGGUCAUUAUGGCCAAACAGUUCUAUUUUUGUUUCAUCAGACCAGAGGACAUUUCUCCAAAAAGUACGAUCUUUGUCCCCAUGUGCAGUUGCAAACCGUAGUCUGCCUUUUUUUAUGGCGGUUUUGGAGCAGUGGCUUCUUCCUUGCUGAGCGGCCUUUCAGGUUGUUGAUAUAGGACUUGUUUUACUCUGGAUAUACUGUAGAUACUUUUAUACCUGUGUCCUCCAGCAUCUUCACAAGGUCCUUUGCUGUGGUUCUGGGAUUGAUUUGCACUUUUCGCAUCAAAGUACGUUCAUCUCUAGGAAACAAAAUGCGUCUCCUUCCUGAGAGGUAUGACGGCUGCGGGGUCCCAUGGUGUUUAUGCUUGCGUAUGAACGUGGUACCUUCAGUCGUUUGGAAAUUGCUCCCAAGGAUGAACCAGCCACCACUUGUGGAGGUCUACAUUUCUUUUCUGAGGUCUUAGCUGAAUUCUUUUGAUUUCCCCAUGGUGUCAAGCAAAGAGGCACAGAGUUUGAAUGUAGGCCUUGAAAUACAUCCACAGGUAAACCUUCAAUUGACUCAAAUUAUGUCAAUUAUCAGAAGCUUCUACAACCAUGACAUAAUUUUCUGGAAUUUUCCAAGCUAUUUAAAGGCACAGUCAACUAUGUUUAUGUAAUCUUCUGACCCACUGGAAUUGUGAUACAGUGAAUUAUAAGUGAAAUAAUCUGUUUGUAAACAAUUGUUGGAAAAAGUACUUGUGUCAUGCACAAAGUAGAUGUCCUAACUGACUUGCCAAAACUAUCAUUUGUUAACAAGAAAUUUGUGGAGUGGUUGAAAAACAAGUUUUAAUGACUCCAACCUAAGUGUAUGUAAACUUCCCACUUCAACUGUAUAUAUAGUGCGCUACUUUUGAUGAGAGCCCUAUGGGUCCUUGUCAAAAGUAGUCCACUAUAUAGGGAAUAGGGUUCGAUUUGGUUUGUAACUAUAAUGUUGCUGCCAACCACGGAUCAGAGUAUUCAGAACUCCCUCUUUGAUCUCUGUUUGAUCUCUUUGAUCUCUGAAAGUCCUUUUGACUUUCUUCUAUACACCUUUUCUUCCAGAUCUCACCAUUUCUCCCAGAUCUCACAUUUUCUUCCAGAUCUCACCAUUUCUCCCAGAUCUCACCUUUUCUUCCAGAUCUCACCAUUUCUCCCAGAUCUCACCUUUUCUUCCAGAUCUCACCAUUUCUCCCAGAUCUCACCUUUUCUUCCAGAUCUCACCAUUUCUCCCAGAUCUCACCUUUUCUUCCAGAUCUCACCAUUUCUCCCAGAUCUCACCUUUUCUUCCAGAUCUCACCAUUUCUCCCAGAUCUCACCUUUUCUUCCAGAUCUCACCAUUUCUCCCAGAUCUCACCAUUUCUCCCAGACCUCACCUUUUCUUCCAGAUCUCACCUUUUCUCCCAGAUGAAAACAUAGGAGUUGAUUAGAGAUGAUAGCUAGCUGUAAAUAAACGUCUGUUUGACAGGUUGGCCCUCUGUUCAAAAGAUAUGACUUUCUUCAUAAACUCCUUCCAAUCUUGUUCGUUCCUCAUCCAUCCUUUUAUCAUUUCAUCAAAUGCCUUCCACAUGUGACGUCAGUAUUAUAGUUGUCAUAUUAUAUUCAUGGUGUUAUUAUGUCACCAAUGAAGGUGACACUAGGGUGUUUAAACUUUUAUACACGUCCUGUAUCGUUUACGUGUUGUCUGUGUAGGCCUCUGUGUGUAUGUAACGGGGGUCAAGGCCAACCUAUUCCCUAUAUAGUGCACUGCUUUCCACCAGGGCCCAUAGGAAUCUGGUGAAUAGUAGUGCACUAUGUAUGGAAUAGUGUGCCAUUUGGGACUAGCCUCAGACAAAGGGAGUGGUGAUACACUUACAUGGCCAAAAUUAAUGCACAAUUAGGCCACACCAGAUGGGAUAAAUGUCUAUCCUACCCAGGCCUAACCCAGGUCUCAGUGGACAGUACUAAGGUGCUCUGAGCUGUUCUCUGCUAUCUCUGACCAGGACUGAUUUACAGAUGUUGUUUGGUAGCAGUCUCAGGCCGGGAUUCAAUCCCAGGAGCCUUAGAGAGCAGCGCACUAGUGUAAAGGCAUUUUCCCAGAUGCUCGCUGCGAUUGGAUUCACGAUAAAUGAGUGUAUAGUUUGAGCGUAUUAAUACAUUUUAAAAGUAUGCUUUGCUUCACAACACACCUUGGAUUGAAUCCCGGCUAUGUUGUGUUAUGAAUCUCUAAUCUAAUGGGAGUCAAAAGACAAAUCAACGGAAAUGAACAAAGCAGACAAACCAAUGCAGCAGCCAUUUGUGUUUACAGUACAACUGUGUGUAUGCGUGACCUCUGACCCUGGUGUUUUGAUCAGUGUGUGUGUGUGUGUGUGUGUGUGUGUGUGUGUGUGUGUGUGUGUGUGUGUGUGUGUGUGUGUGUGUGUGUGUGUGUGUGUGUGUGUGUGUGUAGAAAGGGGACGUUGGGCUGUGAAAACAUGGGGAAAGCGAAAGAUGGAGAGACAGAGAGAGUGACUGGUUGUGUCCUAAAUUGUACCCUAUUCCUUACCAUGUGCAAUAAUUCUGUCCAGAAUCCUAUGGGCCCUGGUCAAAACCGUUGCCCUAUAUAAGGAAUAGGAUGCCAUUUGGGAUGUAAUCAUGGAGCCAUCAUGUGGCCAUAGGACAUGAAGAAUGAGCCGACUGAGUCCAAUCGUUCUUCAUGCCGCUGUUGAGUUAACAGAGGGCUCCAAAAAUGUCCAUGAUUGACACAAAUGGAAUCCUAUAGAUGUAGGAUCUUAAUUUGAGCCAGUUUGCUAGAGCAAGAAAAUAAUCCUGCAGCAACAGGAAAUGGGAAUUAUUAUGGGAAUUAUAAUUAUUGGAAAUUUUUUGUAGGGGUUGAUAAUUGACAAGUUUGCAUUUUCUGCUGUGCAGGAAAAUUCCCAGCAAUAAGAGUGAUCAAAUUAGAAACUACAUCUGUAUUCCCAAUAUAGUGCUGACCAGAGCCCUAGUCAAAAGUAGUGCUUGACUAUAGUACUAUGGGACCUGGGGCACUGUAUGUGUGUACAUCAGUGGAGGUGGGCGGGAGGAGGUAUAGGAGGACAGGCUCAUUGUAAUGGGACCUGGGGCACUGUAUGUGUGUACACCAGUGGAGGUGGGUGGGCGGAGGUAUAGGAGGACAGGCUCAUUGUAAUGGGACCUGGGGCACUGUAUGUGUGUACACCAGUGGAGGUGGGCGGGAGGAGGUAUAGGAGGACAGGCUCAUUGUAAUGGCUGGAAUAGAAUGAAUGUAACGGUAUCAAACAAAUCAAAUUUAUGGAAACCUUGUUUGACUCCGUUACAUUAAUUCCAUUCCAGACAUUAGAAUGAGUCUGUUCUCCGAUAGCUCCUCCCACCUGUAGUGGGUGUGGGUGAGCAUGUGCAUGUCUGAGUGAGUGUAUUUCCUCCAUAUAAUUCAUUCCCAAUCCUGUUAUUUUCUAUUCUGUCAUUGUUCCAAUAGGACUGUUUCCUGUAUUAUUGUCACUAUGGGCUUCUCAUUCAGUAAUGCUCCUCCUGUAUAACGGUUCUUCUUUAAGAAAAAAACACAAAUAUAUUACUGAAAUGUGUUUUCAUUUUUAUUUUUAUUCAAUAUUUUUUCAAAUUGUAUGUCAUUAUUUUUCCACAGUAUUACAAAAAAUAAAAAGACACAGCUUUCAUAAGAACAA